ACUAUUUUGGCCACCAGAGGAAGAAAAUCUGAACAUAAACACGUUUUGAUCGCAAUUUUCAGCUUCCUUCAUCCGUCUUUACUGCUCUAACGCAAUCAAUGGCGACAACCCAUGUCCCCAUGUGCUUCCCCUUCUUUGUUUUAACUGCUCCUCUUCUUCCUUCAGCCUCAAUCACCGUCUCCUUCGUCUCUUCUUGUUAUAAUAAAAUCGGAAAUUAACAUUCACAAAUUCACAAUCACAGCCAACGAUUACGAGAGGAAUCAGAAAAGCUGAAGAAAAAUCAAGGAGAAACCAGAAAUAAGAAGACGAAUGGCGUGGGACUCUGGGAGUGGUAGUGGGAGUCCUCAUAACAACUCAUCACAUCGCGACUUUCGACAUUUCAGACAGUUAUUAAAUGAUAAAUAUUGAAUGAACCUCAACAACUUUCACUCCAUUCCGCUCACUCAUCCUCAUAUCGCAACACUUCUUUAUCCAUUUCUUUCAGAGUCUCUCCUAAUUUCAUACUCGGUUACUGCAAGUGCAAGCAGAGCAGUAGCUGUAACAGCCAUUUCAGUAAUGUUACUUGUGGGGCUUUGUAAGUAGUAGAUUAGCAUGUUAUUGGGGAAACCCAGACGCAUUUUGGGAUCUGGGUUUUGUUUGUUCAUCGCUAGUAUUCUUUUCUUGGAUUGAUUAUGGGUUUCUCUCUGUUCCCUGUUGUGGGUUUUGUUUCUCUUUCUCUGUUAUUGUAUUCUACUACUUGUUAUUCUUUUUCCGAAGAUCAAGAGAGAGACCGGAUCACUGAAUUACCGGGACAGCCCAACAUUCAAUUCUCCCAGUACUCGGGAUACGUUACAGUUGAUGAAAAAGCCGGCAGGGCCUUGUUUUACUGGUUGGUAGAGGCUCCUGCGAAUCGUCGGCCGGAGUCGAGACCACUGGUUCUAUGGCUUAAUGGAGGGCCUGGGUGUUCGUCUGUGGCUUAUGGUUUCGCCGAAGAGAUCGGACCUUUCCGUAUUAAUCCGGACGGCAAUUCCCUUUUAUCCAAUCCUUACGCUUGGAACAGUCAGGCGAAUUUGCUUUUCCUGGAAUCUCCUGCGGGAGUGGGGUUCUCUUAUUCGAAUACUACCUUGGAUCUGUAUACUGUCGGUGACCAGAGGACGGCUGAAGAUGCAUAUACUUUCCUAGUCAACUGGUUCAAAAGAUUUCCUCAAUAUAAACAUAGAGAUUUCUACAUUGCUGGAGAAAGUUACGCAGGUCACUAUGUUCCUCAGUUGGCUCAAAUUGUUUACCGGAGAAACAAGAGAAUCAACAAUCCUGUUAUUAAUUUCAAGGGGUUCAUGGUUGGAAAUGCCGUAACUGAUGAUUAUCAUGACUAUGUGGGAACUUUUGAGUAUUGGUGGACUCAUGGCUUAAUUUCUGAUGCUACCUAUAGAACUCUGAGAGUUAGAUGUGAUUUUGUAUCUUCUUUACACCCAUCUGAUGCAUGCAUUGCAGCUCUUGAUGUCGCUGUAUCAGAACAAGGAAACAUUGAUCCUUACAGCAUAUUCACACUUCCUUGCAAUGAUACUGCAACUCUCAGACGCAAUUUGAGGGGACAUUAUCCUUGGAUGUCCAGAGCAUAUGAUCCCUGCACUGAAAGGUAUUCUAAGCUGUACUUUAAUCGCCCAGAAGUGCAAACGGCAAUCCAUGCUAAUUUAACUGGCAUUCUCUAUUCUUGGGAUACAUGCAGUGAUAUUGUUGGGAAUUACUGGGUGGAUUCUCCCUUAACUAUGCUUCCUAUUUAUCAAGAGCUUAUUGCAGCUGGUCUGAAGAUUUGGGUAUUCAGUGGAGACACUGAUGCUGUGGUGCCUGUCACUGCAACUCGCUACUCAAUUGAUGCUCUUAAGCUACCAACCAUCAUCAACUGGUAUCCCUGGUAUGACAAUGGAAAGGUUGGCGGGUGGAGCCAAGUGUACAAAGGUCUGACAUUUGUAACAGUAACUGGUGCAGGGCAUGAGGUUCCUCUUCAUCGCCCCCGUCAAGCUUUAAUAUUAUUUAAACAUUUCUUAGAUAGUAAGCCGAUGCCUACCUCAAGCAAGUAGUCCAAUUCAUCUGAUUCCUCAGGAAUAAGCGACAGUUGGAACAAGCUCACCACUGGGAUUAAAAUGAAAGAUCGAAUAAGAGAAAUGAUCUUCGCAUACCAAUUCAUGCUUGGUGUCUAUGUUCUGAGUCUUACAAAGUCUGGUUGCUGCAAGCCACCAACUUCCUGCAACUAUGGAGCUGCUACAAUGAUGGCACAAGACCCUGACUGCUACAGGUGGAACACCAUGGCCAAUUUGCUUUGCUAUGAGUGUGAUUCUUGCAAGGCUGGAGUACUGGAAGAUGUGAGGAGAGACUGGCAUAAACUCUCAGUCCUCAAUGUGUUAAUGGUUGUCUUUCUUAUUUGCAUCUAUUCCAUUGGGUGUUGUGCAUACCGGAACAGCAAGAGAUCCCAGACAGACUACCCUUAUGGAGAGAAUCGGAUGAAAAAAGUGAUACCCAGAUGGGACUUCUAUUGGAGGAGAUGGUGGCGAGACAGAAGAGAAUUCCUUUACUAGCUCUCUCUCUCUCUCUUUUCUUCUCUUCCUUCUGUGCUAUGUUCCCUAAAUAUGGGGUUGUGCAGGGUUUUAACCAUGUGUGGUUUGCAAUCCUGGAGGCCAGCAUUUACAUGCACUAUUUUUGCUUUUUCUCUGUAGAGAUUAGCGAAGGAUUACUUGCUUCAUUUCAAAGUUCAAAAUCCAAAUCAGGCGGGUUCUUCACUUCCUCCUUUUUAUGUCUUCUUGAAAUUAGUGUGGAGAUCAUGAUCGAUGCAUCAAGAAUGGUCUCACUUUGCUUAAAAGGUUGCUUUCCCACCAUAGACUCUUGCUGUAAAUGAUAAUUGUGACUAGUAUUCAAAUAUGGGGCAUCAAUACUCUUGACAAA